AUGGCACUUCUCUUGCGAUGCUUCGUUAGAGUGCGACGCGUGAAGGUGGAAAAAGGUGGGACAUGGAUGGCAGGUAUCGUGGUCAAUAUAAGGGAUAAGAUGGAACCAAAGGCGGCAGUCGGAUCAUUUGGGAACCUCCUCCUGCUGGCUGAUGCCCUCGCACAUGGAGGGGUUGCAGAACCACCUGAUAGGCUUCGACUACAGAGAUGCUUGAGAGGGGCGAUUGAGAAAAUGAACAGUGAUUACUUGAGAGUAGUGUUAAAAUCAUCUCAAAUCCUCGACGAACGUAAUAGAGCAAUUCUAGAGAGGGCUCUCAAGGGUUAUGCACUUGGAUGCUCGAGUUACUCUAAUUUUCCGUCGUUUAAGUCGGAUUUUGGAUGGGGUAAGCCGGCAUGGGUGAGCGGCGUUGGAGGUUAUGUUGUGGAUUUUGUCGUGCUCAUCCACGGUCCAUCGAGGAGUGGGAUACAGGCUUGGGUGAACCUUGAUGAGGAGGAAAUGACCCAAAUCGGAGUUCAUUUGUUUUGUUUCAAAACGGAUCUGUGCCUCGGAUUGGGCACUUCAAAAAUCCAUUCGAAUCGGUGA